AUCAUGGCCACACAAACAUCGCCAUCGAGUAAACUCAACCCGAAUGCGUGUGAGUUUGUCCCUGGCUCUUUCACAACCGCUACCGGCAAUAACAAUAACAACUUAACGUCAACAAGAACAACAUCAGCGACUAGCGCUAAGGAGGUCUCUGCUGCCUCUUCAUCUUCCUCUACCCCUAAGCGGCGGCAAUCGGAAUCCGCACAAUCAGGUCACUCAGCGAGUUCACCGUCAAAUAGAGCCGCUGGUGAUGGUCUUCUGCCCACCACUGGAGUAACAGCCAAGGGAGGAUGGGACGCUACUGCUACUCAUCAGGCCUAUCCUAUUGAAUACCAAUACGCCAUGCCUGCUGCUAGUUUUGCCAACUAUCCAGGUUAUUAUCCCCAAGCAGCCUAUUUAGUGAAUUACAUGACACCUCAAGGACCUGCUGUGGGUGUGCCGAUGUCUGCGUACUAUACUGCCCCGAUGGGAGUUGUUAAUCCCGCUGGUGGCGCUAUGGGGGUCAUGGCUGCUCCUGGUAACAACAGUCAGGAGGGUCGGAAGAAUCCUAACAUGAGUCGGGGAGGCCCUCGGAAUGGCCAUACCUCUAAGGGUGGCAAGGGAGGCAAGGGUUUUAACAAUAGAGGGAAGGGAGGCAAGGGGGGCAAGGGAGGAGCACCAUCCUCUAUCAAUACAUCACCAACCCAUCAUCGUGGUAUGGAUACUCCUACCAAGGGUACCCCUGAGAAGAAGGAGGAUGUGAAGAUCGACCUCUCUGGUCCCUCUCUUGCAGUAUCUGCUGCAAUAUUGGCAGCUGGCAAGAAGCUCGAUAAGGAAGCUUUAAAGCAUCUAGAAGAGGAAGAGGAGAGGAAGGAGGCUGAGAGGAAGAAGGAAGAGGCGGAGAAGGAGUCAGCCGCUGCUACCAACGGCUCACAGCCUAAGGUGAUGAACUGGGCCGCUAAGCUGAAGGCAUCGUCCGCCGCGAGCAGUCCGGCUCCUAAGACAUCUACCCCGAGAGUACUAGUUGCCAAGACACCAACUGUGAACACAGCCCACCGUCAUCAGCAGCCUGUCCCUACAACAGCAGCUCCCAAGGCUACAGUGGUACCUGCAAAGUCUGAUGUUAAGGAGGAGGUCCCUAGCGAGACCAACGGUGCGCCAUCCUGGGCGGACAGGGCUAAGCAGGCUCACAUGGUCCCUCCUACUACCUCCCCUCUUGUGGUCAGCACUAAGUCACCUCUAGUGGGCUCUAAGGCGCCGAGUCCAUCUGUGCACUCCACGCCCAAGCCGGUGGCUGUACAGCAGCAGUCUACACCUAAGAUGGUAGUUGCCUCAUCGCCGACUCUGCCUAAGCCAGUAGUAUCUACUACGGAACCCUCCGAUAAGCCUUUGAGCCCACCUGUGUCCCCUCGCCACUUGAAGGGAGCUUGGGCUAUAAGGGCCUCCAAGACGCCCACGGUGAAGCCGGCACAUGAUCCGAUCAUUUCGGGGGAAUCUUCCGAGAGGGCUAGUGCUCUGACGGCUGCUGCUGAGUUGGCUAAAGAGAAGGAGGAGGAGAGGAAAGCUAAGCAGGAGGAAGCUGAUAGAGUAUUGAGAGAACAACAACGACAAGAGGAGGAAGAGAAGGAGGCCGCUCAACGCCUUCGGAUGCAAGAGGAAAGGGAAGCUGAGGAAGAGAAAAAGAAGGCUGCUGCUGCUAAGAAGGCCCAAGAAGAGGCCGAUGCUGCUGCUGCCGCUGCUGCCAAGAAGGCAGAGGAAGAGGAAGCUGCUGCUGCCGCUGCUGCCAAGAAGGCAGAGGAAGCUGCUGCUGCUGCUGCUAAGAAGGCCCAAGAAGAGGCCGAUGCUGCUGCUGCCAAGAAGGCCGAGGAAGCUGCUGCUGCUGCUGCUGCCAAGAAGGCCCAAGAGGAGAAGGAGCGUAUCGCUCGAGAGGAAGAGGAAGCUGCUGCUGCUGCUGUCGCCAAGGCCGCUGAAGCUGAGAAGGCCGCUACUGCUCGGGAAUCGGAGGAGUCCGAGAAGACAGCUAGAGAAGAGAAUGAAGAGGAGGAGGAGGUCACUGCCUCUGAGGGUUAUGAUCAUCCCCCUCAUCAUGAAGAUGAUGAUGAAUACACACCUAGCCCUACUCCUAACUAUGAUGCUGUCUUGGACUAUCAGCACUAUACUUUGGACUUCCUACGCUCAUUGAGGGAUCUACCUGAAUGUCAAGAACUGCCUAAGGAUCAUAACAUACCUACACAGAUCCUCAAGAACUCUAGGAUGGGCCAUAUGAAAAAGGGUGGUGAGGAUGAUGAUGGUAUGGAUUGGCGUAGAGAUGCAGAUAAGCAUAGGUCAAUGAGACAUAAGGACGGUCGCCGCAAAGGUGGCAAGUCUGGUCGCCAUGGUGGUGAUAGACGUCCUACUCCUGACCCCAACGAGUAUGUCGAACCACUUCAACAUUCGGAGAGUUCGUGGGCUACUCAACAGAAGCUGAAAUUAGAGCAAUCUGGUGAUGAGAAGGUGGAACGACAUAUUAUCGGCAUCCUUAACAAGUUGACUGUGGAGAAGUUCGAGAAGCUUGUGAAUGAACUCCAAAGUGCUGAGACGGGUAUAUGUAAGGAGAAGCAUAUGAAGUCUUUGGUGGAUAAGUUAUUUGAGAAGGCCACUACUCAGCAUCACUUCAUAUCUAUGUAUGCUGAUGUCUGUCAAAGGACUGUGCAAUGGCUACGAACUAGUGAGGAGCCGGUACUCGAGGAUGUUUCAUCAGGGAAGGAGCAGGUCAUGGCUUUUAAGAACGUGUUGUUGAACACAUGCCAGCAUUAUUUCGAAUCUAACUUGAGGCCCCCAGUCGAGCUCACUGAAAGUGGCCUAGAAGGAGAGGAACUUCAGGAGGCCGAGAUACGAUACAAGACUAGAAUGCUCGGCAACAUCAAACUUGUUGCACAGUUGUUGAAGCGAAAACUCAUUCACGCUAAGAUUAUUAUAGUUUGUGUUACCCAGAUGUGGGAAGUAGGUCGAGAAGAGUGUAUUGAAGCUCUUUGUGUUUUCCUAAGGGAGAUCGCUCCUGUUUAUGAUAAUCCUAAAUGGAGCCAUUAUGCUGAAUUCGCUCCGACGUUUGAUAAGCUAAAGAGCGUGUCAGCCGACGACUCGGGCUACUCUAAUAGGAUUCGCUUUAUGUGUGAGGAUAUUUUGGAUUUGAGGGCUCAUCGUUGGGUCGACCCUAAGAAGGACAAUGGCCCUCUCACUAUUUCGGAGGUGCAUCGUCAAGUAGAACUUGAACGGGCCGAAACUGAAUCCAAAUUCAGUCGUCAGAAUUCCCGAAAUGGUGGUGGUGGACGUGGUGGCCUCAGUCGCUCCCGAACUAGUGGGUUUGGUAGCAGCUCUAGAUUAGAUAAGAAGGGCUCGGGCCUCCAUCGUACCGUAUCCAGGACUGGUAGUGUCCCUCACGGACUAUCAGCCACCGGCCCUAGCAGACUGGGCUCUCGAGGCUCAAUGCCAGUUGCUCCUACUCCUGCUCCAUGGGCUGCUAGGUCGUCUAUGCCGGAGAAGAGCAGAAGUAUUGACAGAUCUUCGAGUCCUUCAUCAGGCUCUAUGAGCGCCCCUGAGGCUCCUAAGCCUGUUGCCCAUACCGAGGAUCCCGCUAAGAUGGUGAAGAGCACCUUGGAGGAGCUCAGUGCCUCACUCGACGUUGAUAAUGCAGUUCAGGAGUUGGCUGACAUUACAGCUACUCCAGAGCAACAGAGUAAGAUUCUUAUGGAUCGUAUUGGUGCAAGCUGUGACAUCAAGAAGGAGCAGAGGUUGGCCCACUUUGAGGCAUUAGCCAAGCUCUUUGGUGGAGUGGAGAGGGGUACUUGGGAAGUGAAGGCUCUCGAGAAGGCUUUGGACGAGUUUGCUGAUCCUGAAAUAAUUGAGGAUAUGAAAUUGGACAUACCAAACAUCGCCGAAAUCUUCGUCAUGGAAUUGGUCAAGACUCUACAGGAAGCUAACGUCUUCGAUGAUGACAAGGUGGCUACAUACGCCGACAGGCUCAACGUUAAUCUCUAAACUGUAUAUUCUCCUACCAUAGUGAGGCGGUGAUAAGCACUAUCCGCUGAUGUUACUACUACCUUAUCUGUAGUCGGCUGUUUAUUAAUGGAAUUAUGGUAGUAACAACAACAAUAGCCGAGGACGACAAC